AACACCAGUGAUAGUAACAACAGUAACUCCAGUGAUAGUAACAACAGUAGUAACACCAGUGAUAGUAACAGCAGUAACAGCAGUGAUAGUCACAGCAGUAACAGCAGUGAUAGUAACAGCAGUGAUAGUAACAGCAGUGAUAGUAACAGCAGUGAUAGUAACAACAGUGAUAGUAACAGCAGUGAUAGUAACAGCAGUGAUAGUAACAACAGUGAUAGUAACAGCGAACUGCUCUAA